AUGAGCCAAUUUUCCCGACAGCGGCCGAUCAUUGGCCUUCGCCAGUGUCUUUUUUCUGGUCGCUUCUUGUCUAGAGGCGUUUUGCGACAAGCCUGCCAACUGAGUCAAGCCGACAAGGCCUCGGCCUCCACGCAGCAAAAGGCGUCAUGGCAGAGCAGCAAAGCAGCUGAUUUACCGUCCGGAUCUAAAUUGAACUCUACCCUUCGCCUCCCAUUCUGGACCUGCCGCUCCACAUGGAGAAGAGCAGGCAUCAAUACCUUACGCUGCUUAGUUGGGUGUACGGUCGGCGAUUUUUCUGCCUUAUGGAUGCUUCAAUCCUACUAUCCCGAGUUAGGGAUGAGUACCAUCAUGCUCGCAUCCAUGGCAUCGGGUAUCACCACAUCCGUCAUCUUAGAAACGAUAUUGCUCCGCCGAGGAGCCGACCAACUUUCAUGGAAAAUGGCAGCUCGGACAGCCAUGGGAAUGAGUAUGGUAUCCAUGCUGGCGAUGGAGUGCGCGGAGAAUGUCGUAGACUACCAUCUCACGGGCGGCAUUGUCGCGUUCGAUGAUCCAAAAUUCUGGACAGCGGCAGCUCUGUCGAUUGCUGCUGGUUACUUGGCCCCGUUGCCUUAUAAUUACUUACGCCUACGAAAGUAUGGUAAGGCUUGUCAUUAA